UUCACUCAUCACACCUUGGCUGAAGAGCUCGAUUACACUCUGUGUGACACCAGGCUGCCUACAACAAAACCUGCUCAAGGAAUCAUGGCGAAGCGUGUUGCAGUUAUUCUCUCAGGCUGUGGAGUCUAUGACGGCACAGAGAUCCAUGAGGCCUCCGCUGUCCUUGUCCAUCUGAGUCGUGCCGGAGCAAAAGUGCAGAUGUUUGCUCCAAAUGCAGAUCAGAUGCAUGUUGUGAAUCACUGCGAGGGGAAACCUACAGAGGAGAAGAGAAACGUCCUGCAGGAAAGUGCUCGUAUCGCCAGAGGUGACGUCACUGAUCUGGCCAAGUUAGAUGUGUCAGCGUUUGAUGCUGCCAUCAUCCCAGGGGGCUUCGGUGUGGCUAAGAACCUGAGUGACUGGGCGGUAAAGAACAAGGACUGCACCGUCCAGCCACAUCUGGAGAAGCUCAUCAAGGCUUUCCACAAAGCUGGGAAGCCGCUGGGCAUGUGCUGCAUCUCCCCCAUCUUGGCUGCUAAAAUCCUGCCUGGCUGUGAGCUCACCGUGGGGCAGGACAAAGAGUGUGAAAAGUGGCCGUAUGCUCAGACAGCAGGUGCUGUGAAGGAGAUGGGCUGCAAACACGUGAACAAAGAUGUGGAGGAAGCUCACGUCGAUGUGAAAAACAAGCUGGUCACCACCUGUGCCUUCAUGUGCAACGCUCCCAUUCAUAAAGUUUUUGAUGGAGUUGGUGUCAUGGUUAAAGAGACACUGAAACUGGCUUAACAAGAGCUUCUUUUGUUUUUUUUUUUUUUAACAUAAUAGAUGUUUGUAUUUAUUUGCUCAAAGUAUAAAAAAGUAUAGUGUUCUGUACAAAUGUUGUGUUUGUAUAGAACACACAUUUGCAUUUGUCUUUUCUCUGAGUAUUCAUCUGAUGACAUAUUGUUAAUAUCUCAGGAAUUUCAAUAAAGUCACUCUACAUAUUCGAA